AUGCGGGCCGUGCUCUGGGACCUGCUGCUGCUGCUGUGGCUCUGCGCCCGCGCCCGCGGCGACUGCCGAGGCGACUGCCUGCACUGCGACCGCCAGCUCUACCGCGACAGCUUCGACGUCCUCAUCUGCAUCCUGGAGUGCGAAGGCCGAGCCGUGCCCCGCGCCACCUGGGAGCUGUGCGCGGCCGCCGGCCGAGCGGCGCCGCGGCCCCGCCGCCUCUCGGGCCGGCCCUGGCCCUCGGGCCGCCAGCACGACGAGCAAGAGGAGGAGGAGGAGGAGGAGGACAUUUCGCGGCGGCCGGGAGCGGGCCGGGCGGCCAAGGGGGUGCAGAAGAGGUACGGGGGCUUCAUCGGGGUGCGCAAGUCGGCGCGGAAGUGGAACAACCAGAAGAGGUUUAGCGAGUUCCUGAAGCAGUACCUGGGCAUGGCGCCGCGCUCCACGUUCCGGCACCGCCUCCCGGCCCGGCCGAGGCCAAACUAAAUCCCGGCUCCGCCUCCGGCGCGGCCCGAGCGCUCCCGGCGGGGCCCGAAGCGCUUCGGCUCCCGAGCUCCGAGGCCGCUCCUCGCCCUCCCGAGCUCCGCCUGCCCGGGGCCGACGCCUCCCGAGCGCUCCCGAACGUUCCCGACGCCUCCCGAGAGCUCACCCGAGCGCUCCCGA